AUGGCCGACGACGAGGACGGCAACAACAGCAAGGCUAAAAAGCCAAAGCUGCCGAGUCCAGAAGAAGCUGCAGCCACGUCCCACGACGGAGCAGCAGCACCGCGAAAAAAACUUGUCGAUAGUCUUCCGCGAACGUCAGGGGGGCCACUUCGUUUUCGAGUGUGUAAAACAUCUCUUGGAGGAGGGUGCCUUACAAGGACAGAAGGUUUUCCGGUUCGAACAGAACCCGGAGGAGCUCCCAUCGUGCCAGUACUGGAUUUGGCGCAAGUCUUUAACCACAUUCCUCAGCUGAACAUUCUCAGUAUGCUCCAACCAGGAAAAGGGCGAGCCUGGGCUACUCUUGUAUUCAAACUGGCCUUGCAUGUCCGCCCCAUUAUGCUGAAAAUUCACUUGGGGACGGUAAGCUUUCUCGAUGAUUUUAACCAACGUCGUGAACGAAAAGACAUCCCCGGAUGUCUGAGCCUCUGCACGAGGGCUGGUACUGUGAGGAAUGCGACUUCCCAGAAAGGUGCUGUCAAGCUGAUGGUGGGAAUCGCUGACUAUGAGCUUUAA